GAACGCUGGGCUCUCUCUCGCAAUGCUCCCCUGAAACCGAUGUGAUUGCGCAAGUCGCGCAAGAGCAUCUCGUUGAACAAAAGGAGCUCUUUUUUCAAGAUCUACAAUCAAAAUUGAUCCUUUUCCCUUCUUCUGCAGACUAAAAAAGUCGUCUUUCAGAUUCCCUAAAACAUGGGGAAAGGAGCAGGGUGUAUGCCCAGCAAGCACCGCCCGCCGGCGGGAGCCACGGAGUCCUCCUCAACUGCCGUCAAAUUUGUCGCGCCGGUUGCCACCGAAGAGCGCAGUGUUGAUUUCAAUGCACUCAAUAACACUCCUCCUCCUCCCGCAGAAAUCAAAUUGAAGAUCUUUAUAGUGUUCUACUCCAUGUACGGGCACGUGGAGAGCCUGGCGAGGAGGAUGAAGAAGGGGGUGGACGAGACGGAGGGCACGGAGGGAUUGCUUUAUCGUGUUCCCGAGACGCUUUCUGAGGAGGUGUUGGGAAUGUUGAAGGUGCCGCUGAAAGAAGGGGAUAUUCCGGUGAUAACCGCCGGGGAGCUCGCGGAGGCGGAUGGGAUUCUGUUUGGGUUUCCGACGAGAUUUGGGAGCAUGGCUGCGCAGAUGAAGGCUUUCUUUGAUAGUACGGGGGAGUUGUGGAAGGAGCAGAGGCUGGCUGGGAAGCCUGCAGGGUUCUUCGUCAGUACUGGAACUCAGGGAGGAGGACAGGAAACCACCGCCGGCGGCAGAUCGGCCACCGAGGCGGAGCUUCAGCUUGCGGAACACCAAGGAAAAUAUAUGGCCUCCAUUGUCAAGAAGAUAGCUCAGUCUUCUCCCAAGCAAUAA